AUGUCCGCCGAUUACACCAUCUCAGUCGAGAACAACAGGGGUGAGAACACGAACUACGCCGUGUUCAUGGACACCCCUCAGUUCUCCGACGGACAGGAGCCUUGGAUGAACGUUUGGUACACGUCAUUCGUGCCUUAUGGUGGUAGUUUUGAGGUCCGAACUGGGGUUGACUUUUAUGCUUGGACUGGCACGGUGCCCACGAACCCUGCACCCGGCGUUGUAGUCAACAGCGGCAUGUCUUUGUUGAGCAAUUUGGGCACACCCUCAAAUCCUGGAAGCACCUUUGAUAUGAAACUCGUUCAAGAUUUCCCGGUCCUGGAGGAGGUGUCGCCGACAGCUAAUCCUGAAUCGUUCCAGUUCAAUACUGGGAGCGACCUCAAGAUGCCAAACAAUACUUACCUCGUCGGAUUGGCCAAAGUGAAUAACCGCGGUCAAGUCGCGCCAGUUGCAUCGACUGCGCCGCGAAACAACAUGAAGCUCCAAGUUACACCGAAGAUGAAAUUUUUCGUUACAGAAAGUCAGCAGAUUGCAGGCGAGAUUGUCGACUAUAGUUCCGUUGCCAGAGAUGGAGCAACCGUAGACUUUACAGGUGGCCCUGGGCAGGGCAAGUACUAUGCUCGUGUGGUGCAGACUAGUGAUGGGCAGUUUCAGGUUACGUACUACGACAAUUUCGAAUAG